AUGGUCACUCCCAUGACACAAGUGGAUAGAGAUAUUAAGGCCCAUGGAACAAUGGAAGAAGAUGCAAUUUUCAUGCAUGAGCCAGACUCCCCUGUGUUUAACGACGUUUCUAUCUCCUACAGCACGGUCAAGUUCAACGGAUCAUUUACUCACGAAACCAUAUAUCGCCGGGCUGCCAGCGCGGAAGUUGACGCGGCUUGGGCAGCGCUGGGCGCGGAAUAUGCGGCGAUUGUGAUUCCGGAGAACGAAGCCGGCAGAUACGGGAUCGACCGCGGACAGGUCAAACGGGCCAAAAGCAAGGGUGGGGGCUUCUUUGUGAAUGUUGAAGUGCUGCACCACCUGCACUGCUUGAAUCUGCUUCGUCAAACAUCGCACUACAACUACGAGUAUUAUCAGAGGCAAGGAACGGGCGCUUUUGUGAAUUCAAAGGAGGUGCUUCGUCAACAUACAGGGCAUUGCCUGGAUAUGCUUCGGCAGCAGAUCAUGUGCACGGCAGAUACUGGGGUAUUUGGACAAUGGUGGGUGACACAAGUCGGGCCGUUCGUGGACUUCAACACGAAGCACAAGUGCAAGAAUUUUGAAGAGAUACGAAAGUGGGCCGAGGCCAGACAGGUAGCAGACGAGGACGGGUAUGCCGAAAGACGGGCAGAUGAUGUGGUUCUGGAGAGGCUGCCUUGA